CCUACACGAGGAGCUCAGUCAGUUUAUCUCGCUCAUAGAAGCAGCGUCGUUCGAAACAAAUCUCUCAAGGUGCUUCGAGUUCAGAAUGGAGUACCUACCAAUUAUCCUAUCGGCACUGGCUGUACUCGCUGUAUAUUACUACUAUGCCAGAAAUCGGAACUGUUUUAAGAAACACGGAGUUCCUUCCAUCGAGCCUUAUCCGAUAGUGGGGAACAUGGGAGGUAUGGUCUUCAGGACAACUAGUCUGUCGGAUGUGAUCGGAAAGCUGUACAAUCUUAACCCAGACGCCAAAUACGUCGGUUUCUACGAAUUCAACACUCCGAUAGUUAUAAUCCGCGACAUCGAUCUGAUAAAAUCUGUGUGCGUCAAGCAUUUCGACAACUUUCACGAUCAUCGUCCUUUCAUCGACAAAGAGAUGGACAAGAUCCUUGCAGGUAUGCUGUUCUGUUUGACCGGUGAGAAAUGGAGGGACGACAGAAACAUGCUGUCCCCCGCGUUCACGUCCAGCAAGAUAAAAACCAUGUUCGCGCUGAUGUCGGAUCGCGCCGUGUAUUUCGCGAAAUUCUUGUCGAACCUGCCGGAAAAGGAACGGGUGCUGGAGGUGAAGAGCGUGUUCACCAGGUACACCACUGACGUUAUCGCCAGCUGCGUGUUCGGGAUCGAGGUAGACUCGAUAAACGAUCCGAAAAAUCCGAUCUACGUGAAGUCGCGAAAGGUCUUGAACUUCGCCGGAUUGAUACAAUCCAUAAAGAUACUGAUGGCCAGAAAUAUGUCCGGACUGUCGAGGAUGCUCGGUAUCAGCGUGAUGUCGAAGAGUAUCUCGACGUUUUUCGAGAAUCUGAUAUCGACCGCGGUGAAACACAGAGACGAAAAUGGCAUUUACAAACCGGACAUGCUCCAAUUACUGAUGGAAACGAGAAACAAGAAACAGUAUGGCAAAGGGUUCAGCAUAGAGGAUAUAACCACGCACGCGUUCGCGUUCUUCUUCGGUGGUUCCGACACCGUAGCCUCGCAGCUGUCUUUCGCGAUUUAUCAUUUAGCGACGAAUCCCGACGUUUACGAAAGAUUGCAAAACGAGAUCGACGAAACUCUCGAGAGGACGCAAGGCCAGCUGAGCUACGACGCCGUGAUGGGAAUGGAAUAUCUGGACGCGGUUAUCAACGAAACGAUGAGGAUACACCCGAUAGGAGCUAUGUUGGACAGAAUGAGCGGGAACGACUUCGAACUACCGCCAGCGUUACCAGGAGGCAAACCGUUCACCGUAAAGGCGGGUUCGAACAUCUGGAUCCCGGUUCACGCGAUUCACCUUGACCCUAACUACUACGAGGAUCCUCACAAGUUCGAUCCAGAACGGUUCCUGGUCGAUGGUAAAAGGAUCAUGGCUUCUGGCACGUAUCUGCCCUUUGGUGUAGGGCAGAGAAUGUGCAUCGGUAAUAGGUUCGCGUUGGUAGAGAUGAAGGUCUUGCUUUGCCAUCUUUUGGCUCGUUGCGAUGUUAAGGCUUGCUCGAAAACAUCUGUACCGCUGGAACUCGCGAAAGGCGUGAUGGUCGUCACGGCUAAGAAUGGAUUUUGGGUGAAAAUCGAGCCUAGAAAAAAUCCUCCCCUCUUGGUUCACGCUACAGUGGCCAAUGGCACGUGCAAAGCAACGAACUGAUGAUCGAACAGAUAAUUAACCAGUCAGCUGCGUAUUUUAGUUUUCGCAAUCAAGUUCACGCAUGACGGAUACAAUCGUCGUGUACAGAUGACUGGUUAAAUAUUGACAAUCGAUUUUUAUAGCCUACAAUUUAUUGUAAAUAUUUCUCUGAUAGGAUAGAUUUCACACUUCACAUUCGAUACGAUUCUGUGAAUUAUUCUGUACACGUGUCUCAUAGCGUUCUGCGAGUAAUUCUGAUUCAAACAGUCUCUUGUAGGUGUUUGUGUACUUUGUGAAUUGUUUUCUACGUAAAAACGUCUUUGACGACGCUUUUAUCCAAAUAAUAAACUAAAAUGAAUCAGCACAAUGAAAAUUCCUUAUUGGGGAUCUAGAAGAUAACUGCUCCUUGUUGUUAUCUUCUCGAAAUAAUAUCAUAAUUAGAUGUUAAACAGAAGCGACUCUAGAAAUAAUAUACUCUUAUUUGCGUUUAACUUUGAUCAGAUUUAUCACCAGAAGAUAUCAACAAAACAAAUACCUCCUUAAUCUCUGAUAAGAAAUUUUCAUUAAUUUCGAAUUAAUAUUAUACCUCAUACGAUGCUACGACGGUGGCGUUUAAAGAAUUAGCAAGGUCGUUCAUAAGAUAUCUAACACUGUUUAGAAGCAGUUGAAUAGUAUCAAUCAUAGUAACUUAUAGUUACUUUAUCGAAACAAACGUUGCAGAUUAAAAUUCUUAUGUAUGUACAUAAAAAACAUAUCAAGUCACUGUUAAUAUUUACAUAGUCGCUAAUAACUGCAGCAGGUGAUUCGACUGUAAAUGUUAUUUAAAAACAAAUAACUAUUACUUAAAAACAACAUUGUUUUAGUAUGCAGUAUUAAGUGAUAUUAUCGAUGUAAGUAAAAUACAUGUGUUCGUUUAUAAAAUACAUAUUUAAUACGAUAUCUCAGUAGUAAAAUAAUAAAUC